CGAGUCGGUUAAUCCCCGAGUGUGGAAUGAAACAUGGCGGGAGAGGCGAACAUGGAGGAGCAAACUUUUCGCGGAGUGGAUGCAGGAGUUUAACCGCGUCCGGUUUCUGAGUUGUGGCGGCUGGCUUGUUUUUUGCGCUGCGUUUUCGAGAGUCGGUGGGAGUCGGGCGGCUGGUAAUGCAGUAAAGCGAGAAGUUGGCAGUUUUCGCGUGGAGAAAAGGCCGGGGAGGGGUGGGGAGAGGGCGCAGGCGAGCCGUGCGCUAUGCCGUGGGAGAGCGGCGCUAAGCGGAGAGAAAGCUCGGAGCUACCGCUGCCCGCGGGCUGGGAGGAGGCGAGGGACUACGACGGGAGGGUGUUUUACAUCGACCACAACACUAGACAGACCUCGUGGAUUGACCCGAGAGACAGGAUUACUAAGCCCCUGACCUUUGCAGACUGUGUGGGUGACGAGCUUCCUCUAGGCUGGGAGGUUGUGUACGAUCAGCAGGUGGGCGUCUACUACAUCGACCACAUCAACAAAACCACACAGAUAGAGAACCCGAGAACACAAUGGCGGCAGGAGCAGGAGCACAUGCUGAAGGAGUAUCUGGUGGUGGCGCAGGAGGCUCUCAAAGCCAAGCAGGAGAUGUACCAGAUCAAGAAGCAGAGGCUGGAGCUGGCCCAGCAGGAGAUGCAGCUUUUCAACCAACUCAACCAGGACGAUAACCGUUCCAUCACUAGCUCUCACUCUGGCUCUUCUUCAAAUGCAAAAUAUGACCCUGACCAAAUCAAAGCGGAAAUCGCCUGUAGGCGUGAGCGGCUCUGUAGACUCAAACAGGAGCUGGCCCAGAUGAAGCAGGAGCUGCAGUACAAGGAAAUGGGAGUAGAGACCCUUCAAGAAAUCGACCGCAAGAUGUCCAGCAGCCAGACCAACUACAAGCUGGACGAGGCGCAGGCCAUUUUCAAUGAGCUGCGGAGCAUUAAGAAAGCCAUCAGCUCGGGCGAGAAGGAGAGGCAGGACCUCAUCCAGAGCCUGGCCAAGCUGACCAUGAAUUUCCACAGCCUUUCCAUCACUGACUCCAUAAAUGAGGUGGCGAACAGUGCGGGGACUCUCAACAACUCCUGCAGCCUGCAGCAGUACACAGACGCCGGCUGCCAGACCGACCUGAUUGGAGAGGAUUCCUCACCAUUAGUUGACAAAGUCAAGCUCAACUGGCAGUUUGAAGAAGCCAAGAAAAAGGUGUCCAGUAUUCAGCACCAGCUGGCGCAGUUGGACAGUGAGAGCUGGUCGGGGCGUGCUGAGGCAGACCGGGAUCACGACUGUCUGCAGCUGCUGAGAGAGAAGGAGGCGUUCCUGCAGGAGCUGACUCUGCUCUGCCAGCAGCAGCAGCCGCCAGAGGUCUUCCUCCAGCUGGACGAGGAGAGACGCAAACUGGAGGAGGAGGUGCAGAAAGCCCACAGCACGCAGAGCCAGGGGGCCAACCAAAGGAUACUCCAGCAGGAGAAGAGGAAUGUGUUGCUGAGACAACUGGAGGAAGCCACCCGCGUUACCACCUAUCUGCACUCUCAGCUUAAGAGUCUCUCAGCCAGUUCUCUGACCGUGUCAUCCAGCAGUAGCCGCGGCUCUCUGGCCUCUAGCCGAGGAUCUUUAGCGUCUAGCCGUGGCUCUCUGAGCUCCAUCAGCUUCACAGACAUCUACGGCCUUCCCCAGUACGAGCGACAGGAGGGCUGCAUGGACAUCCAGGACCCUACCUUCCGCUACCUGCUGCCUGUAGAGGCUCCCUGCAGAGACACUUCUUCAUUCGGCCCCAAACGCGCUCACGACGCUCCACAGUCGCUCACUUCCCUCUCCUCCCGCUCCUCACUUUCCUCCCUGUCUCCUCCCAGCUCCCCCAUGGAUACCCCCUACCACUCAGGCCCACAGGACUGCCCCCUCACCCAGAUGACUGAGGAGUACAUGGAGCUCGCUGGCCGGGGGCUGGUGCUGGAGGGGCUUAGAGGACAGACUCAAACCCAGCAGCAAGCUCCUCUUUCUGGGGAAGGUGAAGCUGGAAGCUCCUCCACUGCUCAUCUUCUGGAGGGCAAAGGCCACAGAGACACUGGAAUGCAGGGACCAUACAGCUCUACAGGUUCAGGAGUGACCCUGCGCUCGAACAGUGUGAAUCGGAGUGGCCGGAGGGCUCGGCGUGUAUCCGCUGGCGUGAGUGAGGAUGUGUUGGCUACGGACAGCGGGGUGUUUGAGGCUUGGAGCAGGAGCAGGACAGAGGAGACAGAGGAGGUGAUGUUUACCCGAGACGCCAUCAGUGCUCCAGAACCCCCUCAGGUCCAGCUCGGACUCCUGUAUGAUUCGACCUCCAUGUCUCUACUGCUGCAUGUGCUCCAAUUGAGAAACCUGAGCAAGGCCACUGUCAGAGACAGCUACAAAGUCUAUGUAAAGGUAAACGUGCUGCCCGUGGACUCCAGCCGGCCGUGCACAUACUACUGCUGUAAGGCCCAGGAGCCUCGCUCAGCGUUCAGCUUUAACGAGGGCUUUCAGAUCCCACUGCCUGCUGGGGCUGCCGGCCCCCACUCCCUGAACCUGCAGCUCUGCGCCCUGGGACCACACGGCCACGAGGAGCUGCUGGGCUCAGUUCAGGUGGUGUUGGCGGAUUGUGCAGGCAGCACAGAGAUGCUGUUCCAGUGGCACCGUGUGCAGCUGCUGCAGCAGACCACCUGCAGUGUGGAGAACCACCGGCCUGAUCCCAGCAGCCUCUGCCAGCCUAGCCACAGCGUGGAUGAAGAAGAGGAGGAGGAGGAUGAAGAGCAUGGUGCCACCCAGAUGUCUGUGAGUGCCCAGCUGGAGGAGGUGAAGAGAGGGCUGGAACUGAGUGAGGAGGAGCUGGAGAGGAAAGAAGAGCAGGGAGAGGCAGUGUCUGAGAGGAGCUGGCAGGCAGAAUCCGUGGACAGUGGCUGCAGCAACAGCACAGCAUUCGUCACUCCUUGUCCUGAAGGCUUUUGUGCUGAGGGCAUCUGUAUAGCCACCGGAGGGCGCUGUAUCCCUCACUCAGACAGGUCCCAUAUUAUAAAGGUUGACAAGGCAACCAACACUGAGUUGAUACGGAUGCAGCCUAAGGAACGUCCGGGGCGCUGGGGUCAUGCACCUCCUUUCCUGCGCAGCAGCACGCUAGCUCGCUCACACACGUUCUCACCUGGAGCCCGCAGCCAGUAUGUCUGCAGACUGUACCGCAGUGACAGUGACAGCUCCACUCUACCAAAGAAGUCACCAUUCAUCAGAAACACCCUGGAGAGAAGAACCCUGAGAUACAAACAGCAGCCUCACCGUACCUCCCUGGCCGAGCAGCCCACACGUACCUCUCUGGAUCUGGAGCUGGACCUCCAGGCGUGCCGGACGCGGCAGAGGCAGCUGAGUGAGGAGCUCACGGCUCUGCGGGAGCUGAAGCUGCGGCUGGAGGAUCCUGCCCCUCGUGGCCCUGCAGAGCUUCCCCACUGGGCCCUGCGGGAUGAGCGCUUCCGCACACUCCUGCGUGAGGCUCAGAGACAGGUCAAGCAGAGCAGGCAGGAACAGAGGCAGGAGGAGGCGGCUGAGAGAAGGUUGCGGAAGGCCUCCAAAGAAGUGUUGCAGAUGAGAGGUCAGAGCCACAAAGAGCCGCUGCCAGUUCAGACCUUCAGAGAGAAGAUGGCUUUCUUCACCAGACCAAGGUUCAACAUCCCACCUCUGCCGGCCGACGACGUGUGACCCUCCUGGAUGCCAUACUAUCAGAUAUGAAGUAUUGUUUUGUUUUUUUUAACCCAAACCCAUGAAGUUAUUAGAACAACCAUGCAGUUAUUACAGCAGCACAAAGAAUAAAGUAAAGCUAUUAACAUGAAAGUUUCAUCAGAAAGCUGCAGAGAGCUGUACAUUAAGUGUGUGUGAGUGUGCGUGUGACCGAGAGCGCGCGUGCGUGUGUGCCUGCGUGCAUGUGUGUGGUUUUACUAAUGCACACGUACACUGACAGUCUGUGUAAUUAAUGACACCUUGGCUGAUUUCCCCCUGAAUGUUGAGAAGGGGAGCAGCUGUUUUAUAAAAGAACAAAUGAUCUUUUUACUCCUGUAUAAUGUACUUCUGAAAUCUCAUCGUUCGUGCUUAUGUAAGGCUGGAAGACGGGAACAAAGUCAGUUUAGACAAAUUCACUGUACUGUAACUUAUUUUAUAGUACUUUUCCUUGAAGGAAAUAAAAAUGCUUCCUGCUUUUUGAUGUAUUUUAUAAAACUUAAAACAAAUAGCACUUACUGUAAGUGUUGGACGUACAGUAGAAUGGAACUUUCGGCUGAUUUUGUUUCUGUUACCUGAUUCUUUAAUGUUAUUUACUUAAAAAUGUCACUUUUUGAUCCACUUUUAUUACAGUUGUCAUUGUCAUUUGUGCUAUUGUUAUAUUAAAAUUAUUAAUAUUAAUUAUUACUUGUACUUUUCAAUAUAUAGAUGACUAUAUGAAACACUGUUUUCAGUUUUUUUAAUGGCGUCUGUAGGAACAUCUGCAGUGUUACCUCUUUUGUAAAGAUAAAACCAUUAAACUGUAAAAGUGCA